CGGGCUGGGGACUCAGGUCUGGAGGGUGACAGAGCCGACCUCCCGUAAACCAGGGAGGAGGAAGGUGGGGGUGGGUGGGCCUAGGAUCUGGGGGCGCCUCCUCGCUGCGGGGAGCUGGCUUGGGGCUAGGGCGUGACUGUCUCCCUGCCACCAUCACCGCCCGCCGGCCGUGACUGCAAUAAGAGAAGUCCGAGGCGGCUUCCUCCUCCCUGCCCAGCAGGGGCGGCGGUCAGAGGCGGGCAGCACCCCAGUUCUCCCCGCACGCCGGCACUCGCGGCUGCUGGAGCCCCGGCUGGCUCACCCCGGGGCCGGGCAGAAUUGGGCUCCAGGUCUCUGACCCCUCCCAAGGAUCAUGCCGCAGCCCCACUGACCCAGGAGUAGGGGCCUAAGGGCAGGGAACCUGGAAUGGGCUGUGUGUUCUGCAAGAAAUUGGAGCCGGUGGCCACGGCCAAGGAGGAUGCUGGCCUGGAAGGGGACUUCAGAAGCUACGGGGCAGCAGACCACUAUGGGCCUGACCCCACUAAGGCCCGGCCUGCAUCCUCAUUUGCCCACAUCCCCAACUACAGCAACUUCUCCUCUCAGGCCAUCAACCCUGGCUUCCUUGAUAGUGGCACCAUCAGGGGUGUGUCAGGGAUUGGGGUGACCCUGUUCAUUGCCCUGUAUGACUAUGAGGCUCGAACUGAGGAUGACCUCACCUUCACCAAGGGCGAGAAGUUCCACAUCCUGAACAAUACUGAAGGUGACUGGUGGGAGGCACGGUCUCUCAGCUCCGGAAAAACUGGCUGCAUUCCCAGCAACUAUGUGGCCCCUGUUGACUCCAUCCAGGCUGAAGAGUGGUACUUUGGAAAGAUUGGGAGAAAGGAUGCAGAGAGGCAGCUGCUUUCACCAGGCAACCCCCAGGGGGCCUUUCUCAUUCGGGAAAGCGAGACCACCAAAGGUGCCUACUCCCUGUCCAUCCGGGACUGGGAUCAGACCAGAGGCGAUCAUGUGAAGCAUUACAAGAUCCGCAAACUGGACAUGGGCGGCUACUACAUCACCACACGGGUUCAGUUCAACUCGGUGCAGGAGCUGGUGCAGCACUACAUGGAGGUGAAUGACGGGCUGUGCAACCUGCUCAUCGCGCCCUGCACCAUCAUGAAGCCGCAGACGCUGGGCCUGGCCAAGGACGCCUGGGAGAUCAGCCGCAGCUCCAUCACGCUGGAGCGCCGGCUGGGCACCGGCUGCUUCGGGGAUGUGUGGCUGGGCACGUGGAACGGCAGCACUAAGGUGGCGGUGAAGACGCUGAAGCCGGGCACCAUGUCCCCGAAGGCCUUCCUGGAGGAGGCGCAGGUCAUGAAGCUGCUGCGGCACGACAAGCUGGUGCAGCUGUACGCCGUGGUGUCGGAGGAGCCCAUCUACAUCGUGACCGAGUUCAUGUGUCACGGCAGCUUGCUGGAUUUUCUCAAGAACCCAGAGGGCCAGGAUUUGAGGCUGCCCCAAUUGGUGGACAUGGCAGCCCAGGUAGCUGAGGGCAUGGCCUACAUGGAACGCAUGAACUACAUUCACCGCGACCUGAGGGCAGCCAACAUCCUGGUUGGGGAGCGGCUGGCGUGCAAGAUCGCAGACUUUGGCUUGGCGCGUCUCAUCAAGGACGAUGAGUACAACCCCUGCCAAGGUUCCAAGUUCCCCAUCAAGUGGACAGCCCCAGAAGCUGCCCUCUUUGGCAGAUUCACCAUCAAGUCAGACGUGUGGUCCUUUGGGAUCCUGCUCACUGAGCUCAUCACCAAGGGCCGAAUCCCCUACCCAGGCAUGAAUAAACGGGAAGUGUUGGAACAGGUGGAGCACGGCUACCACAUGCCGUGCCCUCCAGGCUGCCCAGCAUCCCUGUACGAGGCCAUGGAACAGACCUGGCGUCUGGACCCGGAGGAGAGGCCUACCUUCGAGUACCUGCAGUCCUUCCUGGAGGACUACUUCACCUCCGCUGAACCACAGUACCAGCCCGGGGAUCAGACAUAGCCUGUCCGGGCAGCAACCCUCUCUGGCGGUGGCCACCAGUCCUUGCCAAUCCCCAGAGCUGUUAUUCCAAAGCCCCCAGGCUGGCUUAGAACCCCAUAGAGUCCUAGCAUCUCCGAGGAGGUGGCUGCUCUGACACCACCUAGGGCAACCUACUUGUUUUACAGAUGGGGCAAAAGGAGGCCCAGAGCUGAUCUCUCAUCCGCUCUGGCCCCAAGCACUAUUUCUUCCUUUUCCACUUAGGCCCCUACACGCCUCUAGCCUUUCUCACUCCAUCCCCACCCAAAGUGCUCAGACCUUGUCUAGUUAUUUAUAAAACUGUAUGUACCUCCCUCACUUCUCUCCUAUCACUGCUUUCCUACUCUCCUUUUAUCUCACUCUAGUCCAGGUGCCAAGAAUUUCCCUUCUACCCUCUAUUCUCUUGUGUCUGUAAGUUACAAAGUCAGGAAAAGUCUUGGCUGGACCCCUUUCCUGCUGGGUGGAUGCAGUGGUCCAGGACUGGGGUCUGGGCCCAGGUUUGAGGGAGAAGGUUGCAGAGCACUUCCCACCUCUCUGAAUAGUGUGUAUGUGUUGGUUUAUUGAUUCUGUAAAUAAGUAAAAUGACAAUAUGAAUCCUCAAACCAUGAAA